GAAAUACAUACGACAGAUCAAUUAUAGUUGACGGAGAAGAAGCAUCUCUCGUGGUGUUUGAUAUAUGGGAGCAGGAUGACAGCCAAUGGCUUCAGAACCACUGUAUGAAAAUGGGAGAUGCCUAUAUUAUUGUAUAUUCAGUGACAGACAAAGUUAGUUUUGAAAAGGCCUCUGAGCUAAGAAUCCAGCUAAGAAGAGCAAGGCAAACAGAAGACAUUCCUAUUAUUCUUGUGGGCAAUAAAAGCGACCUGGUCAGGUCCCGGGAAGUCUCAGUUGAUGAGGGGCGGGCCUGUGCUGUUGUGUUUGACUGCAAAUUCAUUGAGACCUCAGCUGCUCUUCAUCAUAAUGUCAAGGACCUGUUCGAAGGUAUUGUUCGGCAAAUUAGACUUCGCAAAGACAGUAAAGAAGACAAUGCUAGGAGAAUGGCCAACACAAAAAGAAGAGAAAGCAUAGGCAAAAAGGCAAAGCGAUUCCUUGGGAGAAUUGUGGCAAAGAACAAUAAGAAGAUGGCUUUCAAAGCAAAAUCAAAGUCUUGCCAUGACUUAUCUGUGCUUUAGAAGCUUUCAUCAAGGCCAGAUGUUGCACGUGGGUGAUGAACAAGCAUUUGACUGUUGUGAGAAGUGUAUAGAUGAUCCUCAUACUGAUAACAAGAAUGACUUAUCAAUUGAGACUCUCAUUAAUGCCUUAAGGUGUGCAAGCAAGUCCGGAAGUUACACUACACUGUCUACUUCAUUGAUAAAUGGUUUAAGUUUCAAUGUGUGCAAGUAAAUGAACUGACUUUAAAUAAGUGGCUUGACAUGCCCACAUUUUCACUGUGUACAUAUGUUAUAUAUCCUCUUGUCCUGUGGAUACCAGAGAUGCAAAGAUAAGAAAGGAUGAUGAUAAGUAUCACCAUAGACCUGUCUUGUUUGCAGAGCAAAACUUAAACUUGUACGCAGGCUCGUACACUCUUUUUAGUAUAAAACAAGUAAUGAUAAAUCUUUUUAAACUUAAAUGUGGGGAGGGGGGAGUAGAACCACAUUAGAAUGGGAGAAAACAGAUUAUAUAUAUUAUAUAUAUAUA